ACCAAAUGCAUCGCCAAUAUGAACCCCUUCCUUCCGGUUUAGCUCCCUUUCCGGCAGCGGCUAUAUCUUCGCCAACAUGCCACUCGCAAAAGACUUGUUGCACCCAUCCCCUGAGGAGGAAAAGAGGAGUCACAAGAAGAAGCGACUCGUCCAGUGUCCAAACUCUUACUUCAUGGAUGUUAAGUGUCCAGGAUGCUACAAGAUUACAACGGUGUUCAGCCACGCCCAGACUGUUGUGCUGUGUGUUGGCUGUUCCACUGUCCUGUGUCAGCCAACUGGGGGCAAAGCACGUCUCACAGAGGGGUGCUCAUUCAGAAGGAAGCAGCACUAAUUCUGCAUCCAGCGCCCCCAGUAUGAGGGAGAGGAGUGGUUGGACCGGUUGAUAUCAGCUGCCCUGGCUCCAACAUGACGGCCAGGUACUUAAGACCCAGCGGAAUUUGCGGGAACCACACUGGAAGACUGGCAGCAAGAUGAUGAAAGUGCUUGUUGAAAAUUACAGAUCAGUUAGUUGCUGUAACUCUGCCCUUCAACCUCCUGUCUCUUAAUAAAAGUGUUUUGGCUGAAGAA